AUGUUCUCCGAAUCAGAGAGAAAGAGAAAGAGGGAGAGAGAGAAGGAGGGGUUUGUUUCUCUACAGAGUUUGGUCGUUCGAGUAAAACGAUGUCGGAGUGCCAGAAGUAAGUUAAGAAGCACGCAUUACAACGUUGGAUUUGGCGAGUGGUUAGUAGCUGUUAUGUAUGGAAUUGGGAGGAACACAGCGUGGCCAUUUCUUUAUUAUUUUUCCUCCCCUAGUUUCCCCUCCACCACGCGCUUCCCUUAUCGCGUCGCCUUCCUCCGACCCGCAAGAGAAAAUUUCAUCACACACAUUAACAAUACAAAUAUGACGAGGAUUAGUAAAAGUUGGGGUGCGAAGAAUAGAUUGAAUAAGGAAACUGUCUAG